AUGACACACACGAUAGAGGUGUCGGACUUGGUCAAGAUUGAGCGUGUGGGAAUCCACUCGCACAUUCGCGGCCUGGGCGUGGACGAGAACCUGAACGUGAAGUACCACGCCGAUGGCCUGGUUGGCCAGGUCCAAGCGCGCCGCGCUGCAGCGCUGGUGGUAAAGAUGAUGAAGAGCGGGGUGAUCGGCGGUAGGGGCAUCCUGCUGGCCGGUCAGCCCGGUAGCGGCAAGACCGCCAUCGCGAUCGCAAUAUCGAAGGCUCUAGGGGAGGACACGCCUUUCACCCACCUGAGCGCCUCCGAGGUAUACUCCAUGGAGAUCAGCAAGACAGAGUGUCUGCUCCAGGCUUUCCGGCGCUCUGUGGGCAUCCGGGUUUCGGAGGAGACCGAGGUGAUAGAGGGCGAGGUGUCCGAGAUUGAGAUCGACCGUUUCGCAAAUCGCCAGGUCGACCCGUCGUCGUUUAGCUCAGCGCCCGUCACUGUGGGAAAGAUGACCAUCAAGACCACUGACAUGGAGACCUUGUACGACAUCGGUCACAAGCUCAUCGAAGUGAUGAGGCGGGAGAACAUCACGGCCGGAGAUGUCAUACAGAUUGACAAGUCAUCCGGCACAGUGCGUAAGCUGGGUCGCACGUUCUCCCGUUCCCGCGAUUACGAUGCCGUGGGCCCGAAUGUGAAGUACGUGCCAUGCCCGUCGGGCGAGCUGCAGAAACGGCAAACCGUAACCCACACGGUAACCUUGCACGACAUUGACGUGAUAAACAGUCGUUCGCAAGGUUUCAUGGCGCUCUUCGCCGGCGACACCGGUGAGAUCGACAGCGAGAUCCGCAGUCAGAUCGACGCCAAGAUGCGGGAGUGGCAAGAGGACAACCGCGCCACAGUGAUCCCCGGAGUACUCUUCAUUGACGAGGCGCACAUGUUGGAUCUGGAGUGUUACACAUUCCUCUCGCGCCAGCUGGAGUCUGAGACCUGCCCGUUCCUGAUCCUGGCCACCAACCGCGGCAUCACCCACGUGCGUGGGACCAACUACAAAUCACCUCACGGCAUCCCCCUGGAUCUGCUCGACCGUCUAUUGAUUAUUCCUACAUUCCCCUUCCAACCGGAAGACACCGAGAAGAUCAUAUCGGAGCGCUCCAGCGAGGAGGACGUAGAGUUGGACGACGAGUCACUGCAGCUGCUCCGCAAGAUCGCAACGGAGACCUCGCUGCGUUACGCUCUGCAGCUUAUCACUGCUUCCGACCUCAUCCGGAGACGCAGGGGUGGUAGUUCGGUGACUUCGGCUGACAUUCGGCGUGCUUUCGGGUUGUUCGUGGACACGCGCCGCAGCAUCAAAUACCUGAUCGAGUACCGCAACGACUUCAUGUUUUCGGAGAUGCAUGACGUGGUCGAUGACGAUCAGACCGAGACAACCUCAGAGAUGCAGGUUGAUAAGGAUUCCGAUGACAACGUAUCCUGA